UUGCAGGGGAGGGACGUCUUCAUCGUUUUCAUCUUCUUUCUCAUGUUCCUCUCGUUCUUCGCGAGCCACCGCACUGCAAGGAUCAAAACAUGGGGGACAGUCCACGGGACCCUCAGGACCGCACAGAAGACGUGACACCAAACCAAAAAGAUAAAGAAGAAGACAAAAGCGUGCCGGACGCUAACAUGGAGGUAGCUCAGCUGCAGGGCCUGGUGGCGGAGCUGCGCGAGGGGCUCCGCGUCUCCCUGGCGGAGCUGUGCGAGCUGCGCCAAGAGGACCGGCGGCUGGAGGAGAGCCUGCGGGCCCACCGGACCCACGUGGAUCAGAAGAUCACGGGCCUCAGGAACUCGCUCAACACGUUCAAGGAGGAGCUGAGCGCCACGUUCUUCCACAUCCAGGACGUCUCCAACAGACAGCGGGAGCUGACCGAGCAGCUGGAACAGCAGCAGCCGGAGACCCCCGUCGGUGUCGCACACAGCAGGAAAAGCUCCAAGUCGGACGUGCUGAGCGCAUCUGAGGACGAGCGCGUCCGUGCGCCCGGCCAAUCGGAGCUCAGCAUCAUCCGGUGCUACUUUGCCGAGUCGCAGAGGAGCGCUACGUCCGCGCAGACAUCCACCUCUGAGCAGCAGAAGCAACAGAGAUGCUGUUGGUCCAGAAAUCCGGCGUGGGGGGGCGACAGGAACGGUAGCGAGGACACGGACGCGCCCGGCAACCUCAAGGACAACGGCCUGCGACAGAAGGCGGCCUUGGAGCUGCUGGAGUCGGAGAGGAUCUACGUGUCGCAUUUGUCUCUGCUGCUGAAGGCCAACAUCACCUUCAACGGCUCCGAGGCGCUCGCCGCAAAGGACAAACGUCCGUUUCCCAGCUCCCUGAGGUUCCUGAUCCAGCAGCACCUGGACCUGCUGCACACCCUGCAGGAGCGCGUCCUCAGGUGCCAGUGGCAAGGCAUCAUGGGAGAUAUCUUCAUGAGGCUCACCAGCAAAGAGAGCGACUUCCUGGACUUGUACGUGUCCUACCUGAAGGAGCUGCCCGACUGCCUGAACGUGGUCAGCAUGCUGGCCGCCGACGCCGUCACGUCUUCCGCCUUCCUGGAGGGUGACAUCAUGGGCGACGAAUCCAAACCCUCCCUGCCAACGCUGCUCCUCCAACCCGUGCAGAGGAUCCCCGAAUACCUGCAGCUGCUGCAGGGUUUGCUGAGGCAGACGGAGUCGUCGCACCCGGACUACUACCUGCUGCUGCUGUGCAUCCAGCAGUUCCGCUGCUUCUCCAGCCAGCAGCAGCACCUCCUGCAGCGCAGCCAGGAGCUCCUGAUGCACAACCGCCAGGAGGUCAAGAGGCCGUCCACGAAGCAGCUUCUGCGGCCCGUGGAAGGCGGCCUUCAAGGUUCUCCGUACAUUCACGGCAGCACCGUUUUGGAGCACACCAACCAGGCCAAACACAGCAAGCAGCGUCUCUUAGAGCAGAUCCAGUCCAGCCAUCGCUUCCACGAGUGGGAUCGCGAGCACGAGCCCGAAGCCAGCUCUUACCCACCCGACUGGCCGCCCCAGCUGCAGUACUACAGCCCCGACGUGGACUCGCGCAAACACAAACCCACAGGUCUGGGCAGCAUCCCCGAGAGCGACGCGUCAGAGCGCUCCGGCCAGCAUCCCCCGCUCUCCAGAACCUCGGAAUUCCGGCAAGUCCAGCCGGGCUCGGCUCUGGCCGACGCCUUGGAGGAGUUCCUUGUCACUCCCGACCCCCCCGGGAUGGAGCGUCUUUACGAGAAGGACCGGGGCUCCCCGCACGACGCGUCCGCGUUCGACCGCUACUCCUCGGCCUCGUCCGACUCGUCCAUCGACAUCGCCUUCGUCAAGUGCCCCAAAGCUCCCGCGACCCCGUCGCGCCACGCGCCGACCGGCCGGGAUAUCUUUGGGAACGGGUACAACAAACUUCCCAACCAAGGGUGCGCCUCCCCGGACGAGGCUGUGCUGAUGCGCCAGGCUCACCAGCGCCCCCUUCAGCCCGGUCAGCGCAAAAAAAGCAAGUCGCUGAACGGCCUGCAGAUGGACAGCGCGGUGACAGACGGCGGCCACGCCAAGCUUGAGCGCCAGGGCAGCAGGGGCAGCAGAGGGUGCGUCGCCCCGUCCCGCAAGAUCCACAGCUCGCCGGGGAGCAGGAAGGACGCCGAGAGGCCCGGCGACGACCUUCACGGGCUGCUCGCCAUGGACUCCGCCAUGCAGCCGUGGGGGGGUGAGGAGAACCACCACCACACGGCCUUCAGCGAGAGGAACCGCAAGCAGGACAAGGGAGGCUUCAGGAGCUCCUUUAAGAAACUCUUCAAAAAGAAGGGCGGCGAUGACAAGAAGGAGAAGGCGGCUGAGAAAGGGCAAGAAAAUCAACAGGCGGACGUCAGAGGCACUGCAGUGUGAACGCACGCGUAGAAAAGCAAACAUAAAGCACAAAGGUUAUACACAAUACGCUUUGAAAAAUCGCCGCACCUGAAAAAACUAAACUGGUGAUAGCACUGGGUGACUGUAAUUCCAGUGAACCCCCAAUAUUCGUUGGGAAUAGGCACAGUUUACAUCCCUCCUAAAAAUAUUUAGAAUUGCAUGUAGAUGUGACAAGAUGUCAAGAAAGCACUACUUUUGAUGAAAUGAAUGUAUUUAUUUUUUUUAACGCUAAUCCUCAACUCACUUCAUAUUUCAGUGAAUAGGUGAUCUUCGCAGCAAAUAUCGGAGGAUAGGUUAAAAUAAUCUAUGAAUACCAAACCAGGAACACACGGGGGCUCACUGCACCUUGACUGGGUGUGGCAUCUGUAAAGCUGACACGCAGUGAAUGAUGCUUCAAUAUUCUUGAAAAUUUGCACGCGUGUAUCCUGGAGCCCCACAAAUGUCACAACUCAAUAGCGCUGCUCCCUGAAAAAUUUGAAAAAAUUAGCCCCUGACAACAAUUUCACCGUUUGACAUGAAAUUGGGUAGAUAUGUUGAUCAUAACAGGACACACAAAAAAGUGUCAAGGACACAAGCCCAAGGACUAAAAAGGACGACUGACCGUUUCGGGCAAAUUCCACAACAAGGGGAACUCGUCCAAAUCGGAAGCGGUUAUACAAUACAGAUGGGAACAGCUAAAUAGCUAAGAUUUGUGCCUGCACCAUUUUAUGCGGCUUGGCGUCAAACUUUCAUCACUAUCAUUUGGAGGAUUCAACAAUGCACAAGCUUUAGCUUCAAUUUAGACAUAUUGUUAUUAUAUUGUAGACAUGCUUAAGUUUGUAUGUUGUUUUGAGCUAUCCGUUUAAAGAUAUGAAAUGUUUGGACAGAUUAUUGAAGGAUGUAGAAAUUAAGGCCAAAUUGUAAUUAGAGUUUGCUUUUCAAGUUACUAAUCGGCAGAUGUUAUGUGAGAAUUUGUUACAAAUAAAUGUGACAUGUAUUUCCUGACUAGGCUAUACGCAGUGAGUCAUUGUUUCAGUAUAAACUAACCAACAAAAUGACCAGGUGAAACACGGAAGCGUCAUAUCCUUCUUAUUUUUAAUGAGUUAACCGCUCAUCCUCAUAAAUCGUGUUACACUUCUCAAAACAAAAUAUAGGCAAUUGUACAGUAUGCAAAACAAACCAAAUUUUAUUUUACACUAUAUACACAUAACGUGCGCAUUGCAUCGUGAAAAACAAACAAAACCGUGUGUGACAUAAAAAUAAAAGCGACAGAACAGGA